AUGCUUCAAUCAAUUAAUGGAUUGAGAAUAUUAACAUUAUCCGAUAUUCAAGGGAAUUUCGACAUUUUGACCAAAUUAUACAACCAACACCAACCAAUUGACUUGAUUAUACAUACUGGUAAUUUUGGAUUUUGGGAUAUAAAUACAAUUCAAGAUUAUAAUGAGUUGAAUUAUCUUAAGCAAAUAGUUGCCUUUCUGGAAGUAUUGAAACCUGAUUUGGUUGAAGAAUUAAAUAAUUCAAGUAAGAUUUCAUCAACAAAUGGAACUUCUACAAGUCCUGAUGAAUUAGCUUUAUUUAAAUCAAAAUUAUUAUCAUCAAAAGAAUGUAUCAGUCAAUUUCAACAAUAUAUUGAUGGAGAAAAAGUAUUACCUUGUCCAAUAUAUACCAUUUUUGGUCCAUUAGAUGACCCUAAAAUCAUUGAUAAGAUACAAACAAAACAGAUAAUUAUUCCUAAUUUAUUUUUACUCGAUCACAAAAACAAUUAUGAAAUCAAAACAACCAAUGGAUCACCAAAUAUCAAGCUAUAUGGUUUAGGUGGCAUUUUAAAAAUACAUAGUUUAUUUGAUAAUGGGAAUUUAAAUUAUCUAGGAAUUUGUGGGAAAGUUGGUGAGCUUUGGAUUUCAUUAUUACAAAUAGCUGAAUUAUAUAUUAAUGUAACAAACUCAAAGUCUUUAACAACUAGUACUAUGAAGAAUGCAACAAUCAAUAUUUUCAUUAGUCAUGUACCAGUUGUUAAAUCACCGCUUUUGGAACAUUUGGCAAUAAUCACACAUGCAGAUUUCACCAUCAGUCAAGGCUUACAUUUCCGAUAUCCGGUGAUGGGGAAUGGUAUGAGUUUUGUUGAUAGUAUGGGUGGAUCUUCUGGAUAUGUUGAAAACUAUCGAUCAAAGUUUUCUCGACUUCGAAUGAUCUUAGGUGAAUUGUGGUUAGUAAUAAAAGAUGAAUUGAUAGAGCUUGUAAACAAUGAUACGAAUGAAAGUUUGAAAAAUUUGAUUGAAUUGGGGUUAAGUUUGUUUGAUAAAAUUCCUGUUUCUAUAACUGAUUCACUGGAGAAAAUAGUUCCAUUGAGUUUAUUUACUGAAGACAACUCAGAAUUGAAUAAGAAAUUAUUGAAACGAAUCAAUGAUUAUUAUUUCCAAGCAUAUUAUAAUCUAUGGCAUUUUAAUUUAUGUGAUUACAAUAAUUCUGACUCUGGAAAGUAUAACAUUGUGAUUUUUAAGUUGGAUAAUUUGGGUAAUUUUAAUUUAGAUUACUGUACCAGUCAAGGGUUCAAUUUCAAUUUCAAGAUUUCAGACGAUAACACCAUUAAAGAUGAUAUUACAGACAAUAAAGAAGAAGAAUCAGUGCGGCCACCUCAUAAAUCCACUAAUUAUCGUGGUGGUGGUGGUGGUGGUGGUGGGAAAGAACGUGGCGGUCGUGGAGGGUCAAGAGGUGGCAGAGGUCUGAGAGGAGGAGGAGGAGGAGGAGGAAGAGGGUCUUAUCGUGGUCGACGAGGUAAUGGAAAUAGAUCCUCGCGAUAG